GAGAGGACCGCAGCUUGCCUGGGAGUGUCCGACUCCGGCGAUAAGAACAAAGGGAAAGAUGACUGAGCGGAUUUUCGAUUUAUAAAUGGAAAACACAAGAGGGUUAAUGUGACACGGUGUCUGCUGAAAGGAGGGACUCCCGGCUGCAGCCUCCCCCUCAGCCAUGCCGCUUGUAUUCCGCACGCUGUUGUUCGGCUUUGUAACGCUGCUGGUUGUGGUUUUGAUAAUUGAUGAUAUUGCAGAAGUGGAGGAAGAAACUGCGAAUACUGGACAUUCAAAGAAAAUGAACUUGCAGAGGCUCAUUCCUAAACCCAAACGAAAGGCUGCUGCACACGUGGAUCCGACUGCUUUGACAAGACUGAGCAUAGAUAUAAACCAUCAUCGUCCCGGGUACAAUAACACUGCCAACCUCUCGUCAAACCACUGGACCUUCAACAAGACCCUCUCCAAACUCAUCAGGAAGAAUAUUUUGAGAUUCCUCGAUCCGGAGAGAGAUAUCUCGAUUCUGAAGGGCACUCUGAAACCAGGGGAUAUCAUCCACUAUGUUUUUGAUCGCCACAGCACUACAAACAUCUCAGAAAAUCUCUACCGUCUUUUGCCAACUGUAUCCCCCAUGAAGAACCAACAUCACAGGCGCUGUGCCAUUGUGGGGAACUCUGGGAUCCUGCUGAACAGCAGCUGUGGGCCUGAGAUUGACUCUCAUGACUUUGUUAUCAGGUGUAACCUGGCACCAGUGGAGGAGUACUCUUGGGACGUGGGGUGGAAGACCAACUUGGUGACCAUGAACCCCUCAGUGGUCCAGCGGGCCUUCCAGGACCUGGUCAGUGAAGAAUGGAGGGAUCGCUUCUUGCAGCGGCUUCGAAGCCUCAGCGGCAGCGUGCUGUGGAUCCCGGCCUUUAUGGCCAAGGGGGGAGAGGAGCGCGUGGAGUGGGCCCUUCGCCUCAUCCUGCUGCACACUGUGGACGUACGCACCGCCUUCCCCUCGCUGCGCCUUCUCCAUGCUGUCAGAGGGUAUUGGCUGACCAACAAUGUCCACAUCAAGCGUCCGACCACUGGCCUCCUCAUGUACACGAUGGCCACUCGCUUCUGUGAGGAGAUCCAUCUUUACGGCUUCUGGCCCUUUCCACUCGACCCACAGGGCAAACCAGUUAAGUACCAUUACUACGAUACUCUAAAAUAUGAGUACACCUCCAGCUCUAGUCCUCACACCAUGCCUUUGGAGUUCAGGACCCUGAGCACAUUGCACAGACAGGGGGCGCUGCGGCUCCACACUGGGGCCUGUGUUCCUGAGAGGGGACCACAGAAGGAGCUCCAGAGCAAAUAGCCGAUGUCAGAUCACCAUGGAAACCACUGUCUUGACUGAGAAGAUGUUGUUACAAACAGUUUUCUUGUAACUGUACUUUUAUGAAACUUGAAUUAACUUAUUUUCAGUAAUUGGAAUGAACUUUUUUCUAUUUCAAGCCCUUUUAGUGACUCGAUUCACUGGUGUGUUUCACCUUUUAAUGAGGUUUCUAUGGCAACCUUUAAAAUAAUGAGACUUUUGUCUAGCUCCCUUUUGCUGGUGAAGCCCAACUCCUCAUAGAGAUACUGUCAUGUCCAUCUGUUGAACCCUUGUUUUCCUUAAACAGACAGUUUUAAAGUAAGUUCCCAGUAUGGUUAUAAGUUAUGAAUUAAGGAUUCAAAACAUUUUUAAAGUAGCCAUUAGAAGCCAUAAACUAAUAUUCCCACUUCAUGAUAUGAUAGGGCUCCACUAAGAGCCCUAUCAUAUAAAAUCUACAACACCCUCUUGGGUAAAUUGCAAGAGGGCAUUGCGAUUUACCCAGAAUGCCAACAGCAUGAAGGAGCUACUGAGUUAAUGGUUCAUGUGAGUCACUGGUUGGGCCACAAGAUGGAAGCACUUAAUACUGAGGGAGAGUGAUGAUAAGAGAAAAAAAAUGUUCAGAUGUGUUUUUAAUAUGAUGAACCCUUUUGAUUAGGCUCUUUUUACAAGAGCUGCCAUGAUAUUUGACUUGUGAUAACUUCUGAUAGAGAACAUUUUAAAUAUAUGCUUUUGUAGCUUCUUAUCAUAUUAAAACAGGUCAUUCAUAAGCAAAAAUUCACAGUUCAGACCAGAACUGCCCGUGUGAUAAUGUUAGGUUACCUCGAGAGCCAAAUGAAGAAAUGGAAGCAUGCUGAAUUGUUCUCAGCUUCUGUGAGGAUAAAGAAUGGAGUGUAGCAGCUGUUCACAUAAGAAUGUUUACACAGACUUAGUAAACCCACUCUGUAAACUUUUCUCAAAGAACACCAGCCCUAUUCUGCACUGAAAAUGUAAGUAGUGGCGUCAGACUGUAAAUGUAUGGUGGUAGAAAGAGGUGCUUUGCCUUUUUUUUGUUCCUUUUGUAAUGAAUGUAUUGGUGAUAUUCUUACAAAUACUGUAAGAAAUGAGUCCCACAAUGUGCUUUAAAUAAGUUUCUAGUCACAGUUAGCAAUGGUUUCAGUGCAAUAACACUGAGCGGAGGAAGAGCUGGUAAAUUGUAUGCCUUCAUUCACUUGAAAUGAUAUAUGAAUUAUACUUGUAUAGUGUGUUUUAGGUUAGUGUUCAACCAAUAUACGUUGAUGCAGGUAUUUGUGGAUUUGAUGAAGCUGCCAGUAUUUGUGCCUAUGAUCAAUAAAUUUGACUAUUUAAAAAAAAUCCAGGGUUUAUCCGAGUUACAUGACAGCAUGGGAUAUAUGGAAAAAUAGUUACAUGAUUGUCUUAAUAGUGUUAUUCACUUCUGAAACCCAGAUAUGAAUAGACACACAAAAAACCUAAACAGAAUGUGCAAAAAAGUACAUUUUAUUGCAGAUUUGUUUGUAUGUAGUUAUAGUCAGGGAUGAAACUCCUAUACAAUACCAAUACUCUACAUCAGUUUAAUGCUAGUUUAGAUUACUUUUUUGUACUAUCAAGUAAAGGUCUCAAAGUUCAGUUGUUGUGUUUUUAUUUUUUUGUUUUGUUUUUUUUAGUAGUUGUCCUGACACUGGAUCUUAUGCCAAACUCUUUGGGUAUUUUUUCUGCAGCUAAAUGCCUCCGUUAAUAAAAAUUAACCGAAGUAUGUGAAAUAUUCCAAGAGCUCAGCGGCUAAACAAGUAGCCUCUCAGUGUGCUCCCAGACAUGUGAUUUGUCCAAAAAAGUGCUGUUUUGACAGGAUGCGCCUGUUGACUUGCAUGUUGGCCUUAUUAAGUUGCCAAUUAAGUUAAGAAUAGACUUGAAAGUUGUACUAGAGACGUCAGCAGUUUGAAGCAAUGAAAGGUUUAUUUGUGAAAGCCCAUCUGAGCUCUCGGCAAAAAUAGAUGCAUUCUGUGACCAACACUAUUAAGUUAAUUGACCCAGAGCCUGCAAUUUGCCUCAGUUUAGAAAACAUUCUACUGACAUGGUAGUUGUGCUGUGAGACUAUGAGGAUUGUGUUGUAUAGUUUUAUCUUACUUUUUCUCAUGUGUACUGUUGUUAACUUGUGUUGAAGGUCAAAAUUCCAGCAAACAAAUGUUAGCUUUUGCAUAUUUGUCUUGUCUUAAUGCAUACAACUUGAGUACCUUUCAAAUUUU